UCUGAAGGCCUGUCUGGAGUAGGUAGAGUGGGAUUCAAAUCUGAAGUUUCAUUCAGUAGAACAUCCUGUGCUUCCAGGUUCGGAGGCGACCGCAAAACAGCAUUACUGCUUAAGCCAGAAAAAACAGUUUCACCAGUGUCAAACGCAUCAAAAUCACCAAAAUGUUCAACAGGAACAAGAAGAGAGGGCUGAAGAUCCACACUGUUCUCCAAUGUCGUUUCAUUAUCCGGAGUGUCACUUGAGUUCUGAGAAUCCUGAGCCACCAGCGUUGGCCUGUAUGUCCACAGGUUGUUGCUGUCCGUUCUUCUCGGUUCACCGGACGCCUCGUGUAGUGCUGACCUCUCUCUCCGAUGUGAUCUGCUGCUACUCACGCCGUCUAGAUACUGUGAGUGUGUUCGUCUGAUGUGAUACCAGAAAGAGUUGUAGACUCGGUACUCUUUAGUGCAUCCAUCUAUUCCACAAACCAGGCGGAAAUCUGGACUACGGCUAUGUGCAAAAUUGAUGUGACUCAAUAAAGAUUUAAGAGUAAGAGCCACAAACACAUAACAAAUGACGCAGCGCCAAAUCAUUUUCAAAUUUCGUAGCUACCUCAAAUAAAACAGAAGAAAUGUUGAGUUUAAAAUUGAUGUCAAAUGUUUCUUUCAGCUGCAACUAAUUAACUUAGUUAACACCGGAAUAACUACUAUACAACACAGGAAAUAAGAAAAACACGCAAUAGUGCAUUGAUCCUGUGACGUUACGUUUUGUAAUACGCAUGCGCAAUCAACGCGCCGCCAAAGCGCAGCAAGGAAACGGAAGGCCACUUCCUCCCGCCACUUUGUCAGUAUGGACGGACUUGAUGAAGUUGCGAUUUCUACCCUAAAAGCUGCUAACAUUGGGGAAGACAUUUUACCAACUCUCUCACGGGAUGAUAUCCGAGAUCUCUUUCCUGGUCCUGAGCACUUCCUGCGGCGCAAAGCCAUUUGGCUCAUUACUCAUAAGGAAGAACGGGGGCACACCACCAUUCCUGUUGAAGGUUCAUCAGCUGAUGAUGAACAUGAUGGAGGUCCAAAAAGAGACGACCCCAGCACUUCAAAGUUUUUAAAGUUGCCCAGCCCAGAAUAUGUCCUCUUCACUGAUAGUGAACUACAACACGUGAGACGUACAUAUUUCGAGCAGAAGCAUCUUGGAAAAGAGGGUGAAGUCACCUUAUCAAAAGAGCUCUUUUGCCGACUCAUCCGAAAUACAAUGACAAAUAUGAUAUCUAUUGCAAGAGCCUCUUCAGAUGACUACAAAUAUCCCACUAAACAUGAAGUUAUCGCCAUGGCAAAGCGGUUAGUGGAAUACUACCCUAUGAUAGAUAAGUCAACUGGAUCGAGUCAUGAGUGGGACACUGUUGCCAAAAAGCUAUUGAAGAGACUUUCGAAUAUCCGAAGUCCUGCGAAGGCCAAACACCCUCCAUCCAAGAGAGCACGUCUGGAUGAAGUACCGUCUGCUGCAGCGGGAAGCGACUAUGAUGCUGAUUCCAGUGCGUCAACAGUUCAUCUAUCACAACCUUCAAGAUCAAGCACCCCACGACAAGAAAAUGACAGCAUUGAUGAAGCAUCCGAUGGUCCAGACAACAGCCUUGACAGCCAGAAAACACAGGCACGACAUUACAGGACUCUACAAGAAAUGUACAAAGCAAAGAAGCCAACCAAAGCUGCUGUAACUCAUCUAUUAGACCUGGAGUUCCAGUCCAGAAGAAAUUUCAUUGAAACUGAAGUUUUGAAGGAGCAAGACAGACCCACAAAAAUUUUACAGGCAUACCCGUGCUUCAAAGAUCUGGACCAUGCAAUGGAUGAACUGCGGAGAAUCAUUGAGCCUAACAAUUGCCGAUACAUUUCUGAGGUGAAAGGCAGGUGGGAGACCUUCUACUCCAAAGUUCAGUUUUAUGGCGUCAUGAAGAAAGUCAUGAAGCCUCCAAGGACACUGAAUGGAGUAGUUGAACAUGCCAUUGCUGUGUUUGCCGCCCUGCCACUGCUCCCAUCUGGCUCUGCAGCACCCAAGAAACUGGUCCCAAUCAGUGAGGCUCUUUUCCAUGUUCUUACGCCCUCGGAGGAUCCUGAUACCUACAUCCACCGGCGUGUGCUUUCUAGUCCUGUCCUGCUGGUUGGUGAGGAGAACUGCAUGGUGGUUGUAGGUACAACUCCAGUUGUAACUUUUGAGAAAGAUUUGCUCCACGAGGGGCAUUUCACCUGACAUAUCCCAAGUGUAUUGCCACACUCUUGUCUGUUUUACAAACACAAGUACUUGGAGAUGUCAUCCAUGAACAGGAUGCAACCUCCUCGUACAAGAAGGCCAUUCAUGAAUGGAAAAUGUUUGUUGCGUAAUUACUGUUUCAAAGAUGUAUGGCUGAGGCAGUGAUGGCUGCAGUUUUUUCUACCCCAUUUCUUUUGCACUUGAUUUGUGCUAUUUUUGAGUUUUCCUAAUUUUCAGUAGUGUUUCUUCAAUCUGCCAUGCAUUAAUGCAAUACAUUCAUUGAGAAAUUGCUGUUUGAAGCUUACAUGACUGCUGUUUAAGGUUAGUGUAUGCACCUGACAGAGUGAGGCAUAGCUCUUUGUGCUGAACAUUUGCUGUUGAUAUGCCAGUUGUUGUUAA